GAGGCUAUGGGGAGCUUCACUGAACGCCUAUUCUCCCCGCUCGAUUACGUCAUGGUCGUGACUGUCCUGGCUUCGUCUUCUCUGAUCGGAGUCUAUUUCGCGUGGACGGAUCGAAAGAACAUGAGUAAUGGGCAAUUUCUCAUGGCCGGCCGUAAGCUCGGGGCAUUCCCGGUCGCAAUGUCGUUGAUGGCUUCGUUCCAGAGCGCGACCACAUACUUGGGCUAUCCAUCGGAAAUGUUCUACCGAGGGACUCAGUAUUGGGUAGCGAUAUUCGGCUUAGCUAUUUCCAACGUCAUAGCUGCCGAGCUGUAUUUGCCGGUCCUGUACGAGCUUAGAUUGAGUUCGGUGAACGAGUAUCUCGAACGGAGAUUCAAUCGUUCGGUUCGGAUGCUUGCUGCCGUUUCUUUCACUAUCAACAACCUACUCUACAUGGGGGUCGUCCUGUACGGACCAUCCCUCGCAUUGGAACCUGUCAUCGGGGUGCCCGUGUGGGUGUCGAUUGUGGGAUUGGGUCUUUUGUGUACAUUCUACACGACAUUGGGAGGCGUGAAGGCCGUCGUGUGGACUGACGUGAUGCAGAUGUCAGUAGCUAUCGUGGGCAUGAUUGCUCUUUGUGUGACCGGUAUUGUCGAAGCUGGCGGUCUUACGGAGGUCUUCGCGAGAGCAGACCAAGGUGGUCGUAUACAGCUCUUCAACUCGGGGUGGGAUCCCAGCUCAGGAACCGUGAUCUGGAAUGUAUUGCUCGGGACCUCGAUGGUAUGGCUGGGAUCCUACGGAACGUCUCAAACCGAAGUGCAACGUUUGUGUUCUGUUUCCAGUCUGCGGGAAGCUAAAAUCGCGUUAUACUGCAACAUUCCCGGAGUCAUGCUCAACAUAUCCCUCGGCUGCCUCGCCGGUCUGGUCAUCUACGCGAAAUACUACGACUGCGAUCCGCUGAAGGCGGGAUACAUCCAUAGAACCGAUCAGCUCAUGCCGUUCUUCGUCAUGGACGUUCUUGGAUCGACUCCCGGUCUGCCUGGAUUGUUCGUUGCUGUGAUUUUCUCGGCGGCCCUCUCGACGAUGAGCUCCGGUUUCAAUUCACUGGCAGCGGUGGCCUACGAGGACUUCCUCCAAUUCACGAUCUUCGGAGCUUUCCCAAGACUCGACCAGAGAAGGGCUUCCGUUGAGCCUGCGGCGACAUACGGCUUCUUGUCGAUCGGUCUCGCUUUCCUCGCGGGUUCUGUCGAGAGCUUGAUCAAAGCCGCUUUCGCCAUGUCCGGGGCUCUCUCCGGCCCUCUACUCGGAGUUUUCACCCUCGGAAUGCUGGCGCCUCGAAUCAACGGAAAGUCUGCGUUGUUGGGACUAAUUGUCGGGCAGACGCUGUGCAUUGCCAUUGUAGCGACGUCACUCACAUCGGACUCCCGCACUCUCGCAACUUCUAUCGGAGGAUGCAUUGACGCUCCCGCGGGAGGCCUGGUGAAUAAUUCUACAUCCAUUCAUGCUUUGGAGGACCCCGCCAAAGCGACUGCGGCGAGGAUAUCGUAUCUUCUUGUGCCAAUCUCAGGAUUUUGCUCUACAGUGCUUGUCGCAUUCAUGUCCGUCAUUUUCUUCGGUCUCAACGCGGCUACGGCGGUCGAUCAAGAACUAUUGGCCAAGUUUCUCCGGAGGCACCCCGAUAGAGCGGUGGACAUGACUUAUGUUGAUGAGGAGGUGUAUAAGAAAGCGAAGCUGAAGCCCCGAAAGGAUGGUCUCGGCAGCGGGGCCGUAUCGGAGCUCCAUCUCGAACCAGAUGGGGCGUCGAUCCCAGUCAUCAUAAUCGAACGUCACAUCGGAUAUCAAGUCCCAGGUCCAACAACUGCCCAAGAACUCGGAAUUGCCGAAGCAGGAAGAUCCGAAUUGAACGUGAAAGCCCACCGACUCAAGUCGUCCAAUGCAGAUGGAGAACUGGAUCCGAUUCACCGAAGGGAAGCCGAUAACUCGGUCUUGGAGAAAAAGCAGUACCACGGCGAAGUUCGCGAAGACGAUCCCGGAGCUCAGGCCCCAUACCAUGGACAAGGAGAAUAUCGACGGAGUCCUGAGAAUCGAACUGACUCUCCUAAGCCGGGAUACCCAACAUUCAACAAACUUGAACGAAUCCCUCCCGUCGAGAAACCGGAAGCUAGGCCGAUGAAAAAUACUGGCAUCUUCGUGAAAGCGGGCCGAGUUUUGUCCGACCAAGAGGGUUCAGGAAAGUUCUCGAACGCUCCAGCGGAUCUGCAGACCAAGUUCGUAGCUGAGCCCGCGGUCCGAACCGAGGGUAGCUACCGUGACGAUGAACGAUCUCAUAUUUUACCCGUCAUCAUUCUUCAGAAAACCCCGGAGAGCUUUCUGUCCAACCCGGGGUUCCAGAACUUCCCGCAGCAUCGAGACGACUCCUCAGAGGAGAAACCAGUUAUUGGGGAUCCCGGAAGUAUCAACGAUGGGAGGAGGUAUCAGCUGGGAAUCUCUAAGCAAUUCACUGCGGCAGAUUUCGGAGACGCUCCGCUGAGAUUUAGCGAAGAUCCCGAAACAUUUCGAGCUCCAUCGCUCAAACCCGUCUUGAACCCGCUUACGGGAUGGGUUCAAACGCCUGCCGUGCGACCGCAUCAAGGCGGCUGGCCACCGGCUUAUGGCCACCACAAGGACAUCACCCCUGAUCUGGAAGAAGCGCGCCGUCUCGUUACUCCGCACAAGAAAUCGUUAAAGAAACCUCCCCAGAAACGUACGUAUUCAACACAGAUCGACUCCCCAUCUCAGAUUGUAGGCUAA